AUGGUCGACAUCCUCUUAAAAUUGACGUUCCUGUGUGCUCUUCUUCCUUCAGUUCUUGGUAUCACAAGUCUUGAGUCUAUCUUCACGCUAAAAUCCGGGAUAAAUAAAGGUGGAUGUGAUACUUACAAGUCCAAGCUCUCGACUUGGUUCGACGAGUCCGUGGAACUGGCCAAGGCAGGUGUGCAGUGUUUCCAGGAUGCAAAGAAAGGGGAAAAAGCAGCCAAAAGCACACUAAAGCUGCUUCUCGGCAUCAAUGGCAACACAGCCGCUAAAGAAGUCAAAGCUCUUGAAGUCUUUAUGGAAGAGAUUCUUGAGUUCUGCGAGGGGGGCUUACAGCUAGAUUCUGGCAAGUACCCUAGGCUAUUUUGUGGAAGUGGCUGGCUGGAACAGCAAACCUGGAACGAUUGGUCUUGUACUUCCACUGGAAAUGUCAAACACGAGCAAGUGGAGUGUAAUGGUGAUCUUAAGCUUGAGCCUGUGACUCUAGCAGAGGAUUCACUGUACAGUCGGUGGUAUGAGGCUGGAGAUCUUGUACCGUACUGGUCGGCUGAUCUGGAGCAAUACGUCUUCGAACAAGACUAUAAUCGCAAGGGAUACUGUGGGUUCACAGGCUCUCUUGCAGGAACGCAGUCCAACACAUAUCCUGCUACAAUGGACAUAUGCGCAUCGGCAUUUAAAUAUAGUAAAAAUGGCGCGACUCUGGGUGUUCGUUCUGCCCAAACAAAUACGCUUAGCAAUUUAUUGCCUCGAAGCGCGACCUUUCUUCAUGAGUUGUUUCACCUCGUUCAUGGCACUGGGGCUACUCUUGAUGCAUCCUAUAAUUUGGAAACAAUUCUUGCAGCUCUGAAGUCUCCCAAGACUGUCCCCAAAUAUUUCAACCUUGACUCUAAUGAGGGAGGGAUAAAUAGUGACAAGUUCACAAAUUUGCAGCUCGUUCGUGCCAAUCCUGAGACAUAUGUGUUUCUUUGUGUUGCGUAUUGGUACACUAUUAACAAGGGCUACACAUUCCCAACUGGGGAACUGGGGGUUGAGGUUUGA